AUGACAGCGGCAGUAUCAUCAUCAUCCGACAAUUUAGAAAAAUUUCGACAAAUAGCUAUUUUGAUUCAUCGAAUCAAGUACAUUGAGAUUUUAUAUUCUCUUUGGACGAUCUAUUUGCAAUCGGGCUCGGGUCAAUUGAACUCUCAUUAUUCUCGAAAUGAAUUAGGUCCACAAUUAUGGGUAAAACCUGUCAAAUCUAUGGUUAAAGUGCCUGUUCGUUCUGGUGUCGAAGAAAAUGAAGCUUGUUUAGCCUAUGUCAAAAAUCGUCUAGCUCAAUUAGUCAAAGUUAAGCAAGAAUAUCAUGUUGAUCUACAAGUUCAAUUAAAUCAUUUACCUCAUUGUUCAAUCAUGAUUCAACAAGCAAUUGAGAAAUUCAUUGAAGAAAAUCUCAUUAGUCUACGUAAGAAAAUUGAACAUAAAAUACAAUUAGUACAUUUUGAUUAUGAUGAACAAAUCGUAAAACUUGAUUAUCUUCAACAGAAUCCUAAUGAAGCUCAAAUAAAAUUAACCGAAGAACUCUGUACUGCUAAACAACAAGAAGAACUGAGCAAAUAUACAUCCGAACUACUUGAUAAACAACUCAUUCAUUGCAAUGCUUCAUACAAUUUUGAACGUUUACCUAUUGCUCGCGUUCCUUUAUUUGAUUCGAUUGGUAACGCCAAUGUUCAACAACAAUUCUAUUCUCAAUAUAAACAAAUUAUUGAGCAAACAAAAAAAGAUAUGCACACUCUCUAUACUCAAUCAGCUACAAAUCAACAGAUGCGUUAUCAAAAUGAAUAUAAUGAUAAAAUGAAAAAAAUUAGAGAAGAACAACAAUUACUUCCAGAUGAACAAAAAUUAACUACGAAAAUGAUUGAAAUAAUCGAGCAACGUGCUCGUCUUAUUGAAGAGCGACUCAAAUCUAUUCACCAUUUUAAACUUGAAAAACUUUCUAUUCAAUCAUACACAUGA